AUGCUUCCACGGCCAAAACGUUUCUUUUUUGGCGAAAUUGUGCAAAAAGACCAAAAAACAAAUGUUCUUGAGGAAGGCGACAUCACGCAUCUCACCAUUGUCCAUCAAGCAAUGCCGCUCCUUCCUGCCGCGGACCUUGACAGCUCCUACGCGAUGGCGAAGCUCCAGAUGGACGAGAGUGCGAGCCAAGGGAGUACUUGUCCAACAUGCACCUUCAUCAACAAGCCCGGGUCCGCGCUCUGUGCCAUGUGCGAGCAAUUCAUCGGUCCAAGGGCCCAUGCUAUUCACAACGACGGGUCGUGGAGCUGCGGAUCGUGUGAGCACCACAACGCAAGCGGGAUGCAGGAAUGUUACUACUGUGACGCUCCGUACGUGUCGGCCGUCGCCAGCGCCGCCCCCCUCACGAUCUAUUGCUCUCGGUGCGGCGUGCGCAACUCCGGGACCGCAGGAACUUGCAUUUCGUGCAAUCACGUACUGCUCUCCAAGUUUGAGUCGCUCAAGCACGAAUGGAGCGACACGACAAAUCAAGUCGCACGCGAAUUGGGGCUUCACGUCAAGGUCAAGUGUCCAGGUUGCAUGAAGGUGUGCAACGUGCCGUCAUCAGCGUGUUUUCGAUGCGGAGCGUGUGGCGUGUGCUUUGCUGCCCCGUCGGUGGGCUCGGUCACGAGCUUCCACGUGGCGCGGCUGACGCGGUCUCUCUCGUCCAGCGUACUCACGUUGUUCCAAAAGACCGACCCAGUGGACGACGACAUGGCCAAAAGCAAAAUGACCAUGUCGCGGGCGCUCAUGAGUUUGUUUCAGCAAGACGGCAGCAGCGACGAAGAAGACGACAAUUACUUGUUUGGCCCGCCGCGGCAUAGCACACCGCCGCCGUCUGCCACUUCCACGGGACGCCCCGCGACGGACAUUCCGAUCGGUAUCCGCAUCCCAAAUGCCUCGGACGACGACUACCUCAGCACUCAGAGCAGCCACCGUGUCGUGGUGGUGGAUGGCGUCCAACUGCCACCCCCGCCAUCGCAAAACUUGCCACUCGACGUGAUGGAGACAUUCGUGGCGCCGCCGCCCAUGCGCAAGUCCAAGAGUGCCCCCACCGCGCUGUCGUUGUCGUACGAACGGGAUUGGGACCUGCGCUAUGACACAAGCCGCUUGAGUCCUGUCUCGUCCGCUCAAUCUUCGUCCCGAGGGUCGUGGGUGCGCCCGCCGCUGUCGGAUGCAGACAACGAUGCAGACGAAUCCAAGGAAGAGCUAGAUGACCAGGACAUCCUUGCCAGCCUGCGCCUCUCGUCCAACUCACAGCCCGACGGUGGCUUCAACGUCCCGAACGCCGACACGAUUCACAUUUGACCAUCCUUAAGAUAUUUGCAUGCAGCAUUUUCCCAACAUUCUGACCGAGGCCAAACUCCAUGAGCUGUUUGGAUCGACUUGGCGGUUAGUAGAAUUGGCGAGGCCGCUUGGCGCUGUCGCCGCCGUCAAUCCAUCCACCUCGCUGAGGGGGGUACCCUUGGUCGUAAUCAAGGUCUGGUCGGGGAUGGUCGUGGAACCGCGACGGUCGCUGGCGGUCCCGGCUGUCGCUACGGUGGGAAGUACGCUCGGCACUGCGGCGCCGUUCGUCUUGGUGCCGCGACGUGUUUCGGUGCCUCGAUCGACUGCGCGAACGCGAGCGGGACCGGCCGCUUCGAUGGGAUGAUGCUCGCCAGUCCAUGCCGCCGCCGUUGUUGGCGUCGCGAUCCAAGUACGACGACGGCUUCCUUGCGUACUGGUCGUCUUGGUAAGUUCCUUGAUGCUGGGGUCGGUGGUUCUGAUGGUGAAAGGGGGAGUGGAGGGCGCUGUCGCUGCGUCGAUGUUCCAAGUAGUGGUCAUGGGGCACCGACGUCGAUGGCACGUCUGUGUGGCUGUGGCGGCGUUGCAGAGCCGCCGCCGCUUCAUGCUCGCGUCGUUUUCGUUCUUUGGCUUCCGCGGCUUCCACGCACAGUUCAAACAGAGCCUGCAUUUCGCUGGUUUCGUCGUCCGCGCGGACCGCGAUUUCUUUCAAAGCCGUUUCCUCCAGGACAACGUGGUUGGUCAAGCUCUUGAAGUGCGCCGUCAGAGCCGUCCGUUUGUCCAGCUGCGCCUCCAAGUGCUGACGGAAUGCAGCCACUUGCGUCGCGCUCGAUUCUAGAUCGAUUUCGAACACGGGAAGCUCAAGCUGGUCCCAGUUUGUCGUUGGAGAGUCAUCUUCAUCGGACACAUUUGUGGCCCGCAAGAAGUUGUGGAGGUUCGAACUCAACUGGAACAUCCGGUCACUGAGAAGGUCAGUCGACACGACAGCCCCUUCAAGCUCCUCGAUCAUUUGAACAGUUUUCCGCGUCAGUUCCGAGUCGACGGCGUCUGGAAUGUCUUGCAGUACAAGCGACUCGUCGUCCGCUUUUGACGUCGCUGCGUGCUGCUUCGCCAGUGUCAUCGUGUCCUUCAGUGCUUCUUUCCGUGCCUUCACCACAGUGCUACACAUGUCGCUCAUCGUGUCGAUCACGUGGUCACUCAGUACAUGCCGUUCCCGCCACACCUGGACGAGCUUGCGGACGAUAUCUUGGGUUUUCUGUGUCCCUUCCGACAUCGUGACCGCGAUCGCAAGCAACAACUUCUCGGAAAAGGCGUCGGGGAUGUCGCGACCGUACUUGCGCAUGCCUGUUUGCAUCACGUCGUUGGCAACGUAAAAAUGCACGAUCUGGUGGGCAGCCUUUUGGUUCACAAAGCUCGAGUACCACACGUCCACCAUUUCCGCUAUGGCCCGCCGGUGGAACAAGAUCCAUCCGCUCAGCCCCUGAAUACUUGCCGCGGUGUCGGUGCACAUGGCGAGCUUGUCUGCGAAGCGGUCAGGGGAGAAGUCGGACGGCAUCGUGCGCCCGUGCGUUGUCUGAACGGUUCUUGUGGUGGAGCGCCCAAAAAACUCC